GUACGAGCUAAAGAAGUUUGAAUGUAGCCUACCUUGGGCAUGGCUUCUAGUUCUGUUCUAUCCGGGUGGUCCCCAUGUCUACUAUUACAGUUUGUAAUGCUAUUAUCACUGAAAGGUCUUUGUACAGCCUUCAACGUUUCGAAUAUAUCGUCAAGUCCUACAAUCAGUCCAAUUUUCUCAUCGUCAYUAGUUAAUGCAAGUUCUUCCAUUCUCCUUACCACAACUAUUACUACAAGAACAACAAGAACAACGCAUGUACCGCCUUCAUCGCAACAUACCAUCAUACCAUCACAAACACAUACUGUUACAUCUUCAUCCAGUAUUAGUCCAACUACCAAAYCUAACCAAACCAUUAUGAAUAAAAAGCUAUCAUCAUUUGGUAUUGUGAUGCUGUGCUUUGGAGGUAUUCUUGUAGUUGUUUUGAUUGUCUGCUUGACUGUGAUUUGCUGUCAUGGCCGAGAACGAGGGCCAGAAGGAACACAUAUUCCUCAUUCCAAYGUCAAGAUGAAACCAUGGAAAUCGAGUGAAAUAAGUACCACUAACGAGCUGACAGAAGACACAGUUGAUGCUCUAGACCAACCUAACCAUUCACAAAGUCAUCACAAUGUAGGAAUAACCGCUAGUCCUCAGACAAGCCCUACCCUAGCAACAAGCCCUACCCUAGCAACACCAUCAUCCAACAAUAACAAGAUCAGUACACCCACUGGAUCAUUUAGGAAUCUACAAACACACUCUCCCAGUGGGGACUUGGGGGAGUUUGGACGAAAAUUAUCUCUUGGGCGUCAAGCCUAUSAGCAUGAUAUAAYGCCUAAUGAGACUAUAGCUGAGCAUAARGUUGCACAAAAGGCCAAGGGAGAGCAAGAUGAUAUGACAAUUCAUUAUGUGUGAAGUAUUUGGAGUCUAUCUUUGCCAGUGACAAGAAAAGAACUGCUCAAGAYKGUCUUGAUGGCCUUGUACUAUUGACACAGCCUUUGAGAAUAACCCAUGCUGUUUUGAUGCUGAAAAUUAUUAUUUUUUUGUUCUUUUAUAAGCUGAUACAUAAUAUACCUUGUAUAAUGAAAUAAAUCAUUUAUUACUUA